UACAUACGCAGGUCCCUAAAGUUGUUCGCGCUUUUCCCCCAGGUACCUCAACUAACCAAGAUUCCUAUUAAAUCCUUUAACCCCCUAUAAUUUGAUCCUUUUAAAUAUUCUUGGCUGAUGUGGAGCCAAAUUUUAAUAAAUUAUUUUUGGUAAUUAGGCGCGUGAGAUGAACCUUCCCCACGUGGAAAUUUUGACCAAUACACUCCAAUCCAAUUACACGUCAGUGCCACAUAUUAAGUCAUCAAUAUGUGGCACACGACGGCGACGGCGACGGAGAAGAGAGAGGAAGAUGGGGAAGUGACACAGAGGUCACCGAUUAGAGUACAUAGGAAGAGGCAAAACACUGGAGAUCUCAAUGGAGUUAGAGAGAGAAGUUUUCGAUCUCAGACGGGAAGAUCGGCGCCGUCUCCGGAGAAAAGAAGGUCGCCGGCUUCGUCAAGGGGAGUACAGGGGAGGGGAAUGCCGCAACAAAGGCGUAAUGUGGGACCCCCAAAUGGACCCCGACGCGGUCCCAGCGAAAAUGGGGUUCGGCGGUCAAAUUCUCCGGCGAAACGUGGACCGGUGGAUGCACGUCGGAAUGUGAGAAACAGAAGUCCGGCGGCGCGUGAAGCAGAAAAACCUGGUAAUCAAUCGCCGGCGAGAAACGCCGAGAAUGAGGGAAGUAGUAGUAAAACUGAAAAACCCAAAGAAGAAGUUUCGUCGGUAACUGGCGAAUCACUUGAAAAUCCUCUGGUUUCAAUGGAAUGCUUCAUUUUUAGGUUUGAUGACAAAAACAUAUUAAGUCAUCAAACCUAAAAAUCAAUUUCCCCCCAAAUCACUUCUAACCCGUUUUUAAACGAGAAAACCCUAAGAAUCUCUCCCUUUCAAUGACUUUUACAGCUGAAAUUCUUAGAUUUUAAAGUGAUUUCGAGUGGAUUAAAGUGAUUAAAGUGAAAUUCUUAGAUUUUAAAGUGAUUAAAGUGAUGAAAUUCUUAGAUUUUAAAGUGAUAAAAGUGAAAUUCUUACAUUGGAACUUGAUGAUUAAGAAGAAAUCAAUGAAAAAAAGAUAUAAUAUAAUGAGCUAAAUAGGAGAAAUAAUGAUGAAGAGAAACAAAAGAGGAGAAAAAAUGGAAGAAUGGAGAAAUUAGGGUUAAAAGGGGGAAGAAGUUAGUUGGUGGGUGGUUCAAGAUCCACAUCAGCGCUUUUAAAGAGUCUGCACGCGCUUAAAGGACGUGAGAUCACGUUUGGCUCCACAUCAGCCAAGAAUAUUUAAAAGGAUCAAAUUAUAGGGGGUUAAAGGAUUUAAUAGGAAUCUUGGUUAGUUGAGGUACCUGGGGGAAAAGCGCGAACAA